AUGAUUCCUCAAAAACUCCUUCAAACAAUUCUAAAAAGUUUAAUUUGGAUAAACUGUUUUAUUUAUUUUGGAACAAGUCUCCAAAUACGAAAGAUAAAUAAUCCAUCUGAUGUACAAAUCGCAAGGAAGCUGACAAAAUUCCUUGACGGUAAGAGAAAACAAGUAAUAAGAUUCACACAUCAAAAUAGAGAGCAAAAAGAUACAAUUGAAGAAAAUAUUGUCAAAAACAAAGCUAACACGAUUGAAGAUAGCUAUAAUUUAAACGACGAUAAGGAGAAACAUCAAACUCUAAAUUAUUUUAAUAGAAUAUUGGUAAAGAGAAUUGUUCCACACGGCUUAGAAACUCCCAAUUUCGUAUAUGAUUUUAAACAUAAGACUUACUAUAAGCCAUUAACAAGAAUUCACAAAAAUAACAAGGCAUUAGACGUUUAUAAGAAAAGUAACAAACAUAGUGUUGGUAAUAACUAUUUACAUUUUAUAACUUCAAAAAAUAAAAGAAAUAAACUUAAUAAUUACCAACCGAAUAGUCUAGAAUACUACAAUGAAUAUUUCUUGCAACCAUUCAAAUACAAAUCAGGAAAAUUGUAUCUGAAGAGUUCCAUAGAAGAAAUUGAAGAGUUAACCAAAUUGGUGAAAAGAUUACUGAAAGUUUUAAAUUUAAAUAAAAUUGUUAUUAAGAAACCACAACCUGUAGAUAAUGACGAAACUCUUACAAGGAAGUUUGAAAAGUCUGGCGAAGCUCAUGACCCUUUAGCUCCUGGUAAGAAAUUUGAAACCUCAGAAACAACAACGGAAAGACAGAAAGUAUGGCUACCGUAUUACCCGCCGUGGACUUACUGGAACUACAAGAAAUCGGUAUAUCAAGACGAAUGCCCCGGUUUGCUGAUAGCUAAUGGAAGAAUGUGCAUAAAUACCCCACCUCAUUAA